AUGGAUACAGAUUCUCUUCAAGAUUACAUCGCCCAAGAGACUAGUGAUGAAGAGUUACCCGAGGUUACUGAACUGAAAAAGAGCAAGUUUUUGAGAGUUAUGCAAAAUGGUGGAGUUAUCACUGAAUAUCACAAGAAUAAGCGAGGAAAUUACACUGUCCACGUAAGAUUACCUUCGAAUGAUGUUGAAACCUACUCCAACAUCUCUCAGGAGUAUUUUGAUAAAUUCAAAACUGACGAAGCGAAAGAAAUACCUUCACCACAGCUUAAAAAAGAACGUUUCCGUAAUGAUUCAUUUGAAAAGGUUAUGAAAAAAGGUGGUCGCAUUGAGGAUUGUAUUAAAUUUCAAUCUUUUUCUGUUUUUGUCUUGAUGCCCGAGGGAAAUAUCGAACAAUUCGGAAACGUUUCUCAAGAAUUAGUUGAGAAGUACAAAGAUCGUACCAAUUUACAACCUGAACUUGCUCGGGAUAAAACUGCGGAUCAUACACAUCGCAAGGGAGAUAAAUUUUUGACUUGUAUGAAUCAACCUCAAUCAACCAUCAUCGAUAUCCGCCCUCAUCCCUUUUAUUCUGUGCAUAUUAGAACUCCUGAUAAUACAGUCAG